UGUGAAUCAUUUGUCUUGGUUCACGUACAGGUUUGCAUACAACAAGAAUCACGACAACUGGAGAAGCAGCACUGAUGCCAUGCAGCUACGCUAUCUAUCCCUCCUUCCUCUUCUGUUCAGCAUGACAACAACAUCCCCACCAACCCCUCAGGCUCUACUGACCCGCAUAAACACCAACGCGGCCCGAGACAACAUAGACUUUACCGUGCUUCCGUUCCACAAAGAAGCUCUCGACUCAAUCACCAAGCUACACGAAGAAGCCACCACCAUCGUACUCCCUGAUUUCACCAACGCGACCAAAAUAGACACGCACACGCACCCCGUCCCCUCCUGGUUCCGCACCCUCGAACUCUCGGCCGCAGGCCGCGAAACUCCCUCCUGGAACGUCACCGACCAUCUGGCAUUCAUGAGUGCGCGCGGGAUUCGGAGGAGUAUCCUCAGCGUCUCAACACCGCAGGCCAACGCCUUCGCAUCCCCGAGCAAAUUCGAACGCGAUGCAGAGCUGAGGAAGAAGAAGACCGUCGCCCUGGCUAGACUGCUGAACGAGUACGCCGCCGAAGUGUGUCGCAUCUGGCCGGAGAGGUUUAGUUGGUUGGGUGUAACAGCGUUGCCGUUUGUGGAGGAGAGUGUGAGGGAAGUCGGGCAUGCGCUGGGACUGGGCGCGGUGGGGAUCAGCAUUUUGACGAAUGCAGAGGGGUUGUAUCCUGGAGAUGCUGCAUUCACGCCCUUAUGGAGGUUUCUCGAGGAGCGAGCGGGACGGCAUGGGAGGGAGGUUGUCUUCAUCCACCCCACGGAUCCAGUGAUCGCGCUCGACGACGGGACUCUGAUAUCCAGUCGACCCUCACCGCUGCGCUCCGGACUGGGAGAAUUCUACUUCGAAACCGCGCGCGCCCUGAGUUCACUGAUCGCCUCAUCACCACCCUACAAUAGCACCCUCCUCAAGUACCCCUCCCUCCACUGGCGCAUAUCCCACGGCGCUGGCGCCUUCCCCGAUAUUAGCGAGCGCUUCCUUCUCGGCUUUCCAAACGAGAGUGCUGCGGCGAGAGAAGCGUAUAAAACGCGGUGCUGGUACGACAGCGCAGGACCUGUGUGGCCGCGGCAGAUCAAAGGGGUAUUGGAGGGAAUGGGUGUUGGCGUGGGGCAGUGCGUGUUUGGAACGGAUUAUCCGUAUGGAAUUGGGUUUUGGGAUGUUGAUGAGAAUAUUGCUGGACUGGCGGAUGCCGGUUUUAUUCCUGGUGAGGAGAGGGAGGGGGUGUUGUGGAGGAAUGCGCGAGAGUUGUGGAGGGGGAAGAUUGCGUUGUGAGGAGCUGCAGGGUUGGAAGGCUUGAGCGUGAGAUGGAGUCGGUGGUGAUGUAGCAUGCGGAAGGUAUGAGGAUUGAGAGUGGUAUAUUUACAGUGUGACGGAUGAUAGCCCCUCAUCCCUGGAUGACCCGCUGCAGACCCUGAGCAGCCAGACAUAUCCCACGAAGUAUACCCUUCUCCAUUCUCUUCGCGCCACCAUUCCCCGCAAACACGAGCGCGGAUCCAGCAACUGCAGCGAGACCUAGUCCCACAACGCCAUUCAGGAUCCUCGCCUGCCGCUGACUCGCCUGGUAAACCUGAGAGUACCUCAUAUUACUGAAGGUGACCCUCGAAUACUG